UUGGCGCCAUUUCCUAAAUUUAUUUUGUAAUAUAAAUAUGAAUAAAUACAUAUUUAUAUAUAAUGAUAUGAAAAAAUAGAUUCUUAUAAUUGUUAUAGUAAAUGCUUUAAUUCAAACGAAAUUGUAAAUAGAAUUAAAAAUGAAGUUUCUCUGAAUAUUGAAAUAAAUAUUAUAAAAGACGUGAUGGAUAUGUUUGAAGAAAUUUUUCGACAGAAAAAAAUGCAAUUAAAUAAUACGAACAUUGAAUUGAAUAAUACUGACCAAGAAAAAUGGACUAUAAGAGAUCAGUUUUGUUGUCAAGUGUGGAAAUUUUCACAUGAUCAUGACUUUUCAAAAGUUUUUCAACAUUAUCCGUAUAUUAUAAAUUCAAUUAAACCUCAUAAUUGUUCUUAUAUUAAUGAAGUUAAAAGUAUUAGAAAUGAAAACGAUAAUAGAGCAGGUCGCUAGUUAUGAAUAAAAUUGAUAAAUUAAAUAAUAUUUUUCAAACAGUCAAUAUUAUUUUUUCAUUGCUAUGUCAGUAACACAGUAAAUGUUUUUUCGUGUCUUAUAUAGAUAUGCAAAAUUAUGAAAAUAUUCAGAAGCUUUCAGAAGAAAUUGCUAUUUUAACAAAAAAAAUACUUACUAUUAAUAUUAAUAGAAAUACACAAGAGAUAACAAUAAAAAAUUUGUCCAUAAAAUUAGAACAACUAAAAUUAUUUUCAGAAGAAAUGAUAGAACUUCUUAGGUUAAUAUCUACUACUGAGAAUUUAAGUAAUAAUAAAAAAUGUAAAAAUAAUGAUUUAGAAUGCAAAAAUAACAACUUGAUAGUUCGUGCAAAUAAAGAUAAUAUGCUGACAUUUACUACGGCAAAAAAACUUCUUGAGCAAUUCAAGUCACGUUCACCUGUUUUAACUAAAAACAGUAAUACAACAUCAAAAACAAUGACUGUAAAUAAUAACACAAUAGAACAUUUCAUUGAAUAUGAUAAAAAAGAAUUAAAAACCAAAUUUUCAUUAAAAAUACAAAGUAAUAUAUCUAUAAAGCAUAGACUUUGUUCUUAUGCAUUACCAUAUUAUGUUUCCAACUCUCUUAAACAUAAUCAAAGAUAA